UGGAAAUAGAUAACAGAGAUACUUUUCGGACACGCAGAAUAAAGCACGUAUAUAGCAACCCAGUUCUGAAAUUAGAUGUUAUUUAAGUUAUUGGAUGUUAAAACCAAGUAUCUGCAAAGCUACAGUCAAAAGUUGCACGACUCAAAUGGCGGUUUGCAUCUUAAAUUCUCCAAAACAUGCAUACAAAACCGCACCGAGUAUAUUGAACGGUUAUUAUGCGCAGAUAAUAUCGGAGUAAGAGGAAUUAAAGCGCUCUUUUCGCUGUUCGAAAAGGUUCGCUUGCUCUUCUUACCCGAUGCCGUCACCUGAUCAGUCAAACUGCGCAUGCUCAACAUUUGUUACCCAACAAAUAUGGCGGCCCCGGCGAGCGUCUUCAGGACGGCUAUGAAAGGUGUCCAGCUACAUGGUCAGUGGUUGAACUCUCAGACACCGACGUUGUUUCCGUGUUUGCGACCGCUGCAAGGGUCUAUCUUCCGGUGUAACUCCAGCGCUGAGCCGGAGAGAAACAGCCGCGCGCACGGUGUUGCGGAUCCCGCGACACAGAGCAGGACAUCAGCCGCAGAGGAUGAGCUGGACGAUCACGUGUACAUCCCUCAGAAGAAGGCUCGGAACCCCAUGAGAAAGAUUGGAUACGCAUGGAUGAUCGGCCUUCCUGCAGGAAUAAUUGGGUUCCUCCUCGCGAAAAGGGAAGUAGACAAGAACAGACUGAAGCAGUUGAAAAUUCGACAGAGGAUGAGGAUGUCAAAUGAGGGAGAAUAUGGAGGAAGCCGCUAUAAUCAAAGCAGAGACGUUGUCAAGGUUGACUAAUGUUAUUGUGGCAACAGCGACAACACUGCACAGUGGAAUCUGGGACUCCCGAAGAUCUGCAGGAAACAAUCGACGCAGACUUGUGUGGAUAUUUUGAGUCAAGCAGGACGUUCAGUCGAGGCACGUGAGGCAUCAUGACAUGUCGACGAGAAAAUUGCUUUUCUGUUGUACACAAGAUGUUUAUUUGACGAUGUAAAUAAUUUAUAUUUGCAAGUAUUUAAAAGCCACCUGCAAAUAAAAAUC